CCGGAGCCCGCGCGCGCCGGGAGCCGGGCCCCCACCCCGCAGCUUCCCCGCGUGGGGCCGGGGCCCGGCCGUCGCCUAGCAACGCUCAGCCACGCCCCCGGGCGGCCGCAGGCGCCGGCCCCCAGCAUGGCCUGGGCCGGCUGGCCCGCCGCGCCUUGGCUGUGGGUAACCGGCUGCGGGCUGCUGCUCCUCGCCUUAGUUCUGCUCCUGAGCCCCCGCAGCUGCCGGGCGCGGCGGGGCCUCCGCGGCCUGCUCAUGACGCGCAGCCAGAGGCUGCUCUUCCGAAUCGGGUACAGCCUGUACACCCGCACCUGGCUCGGGUACCUCUUCUACAGACAGCAGCUGCGCAGGGCUCGGAACCGCUACCCCAAGGGCCACUCCAAAACCCAGCCCCGCCUCUUCAACGGAGUGAAGGUGCUUCCCAUCCCCGUCCUCUCAGACAACUACAGCUACCUCAUCAUAGACACCCAGGCCCGGCUGGCUGUGGCCGUGGACCCUUCAGACCCUCGGGCUGUGCAGGCUUCCAUUGAAAAGGAGGGAGUUACCUUGGUUGCCAUUCUCUGCACCCACAAGCACUGGGACCACAGUGGAGGGAACCGUGACCUCAGCCGACGGCACCGGGACUGUCGGGUGUACGGGAGCCCUCAGGAUGGCAUCCCCUACCUCACCCACCCCUUGUGUCAUCAAGAUGUGGUCAGUGUGGGACGGCUCCAGAUCCGGGCCCUGGCCACACCUGGCCACACACAAGGUCAUCUGGUCUACCUGCUGGAUGGGGAGCCCUACAAGGGACCCUCCUGCCUCUUCUCAGGGGACCUGCUCUUCCUCUCUGGCUGUGGAAGGACCUUUGAGGGUACCGCAGAGACCAUGCUGAGCUCGCUGGACACUGUGCUGGGGCUGGGGGACGACACCCUCUUGUGGCCUGGUCAUGAGUAUGCAGAGGAGAACCUGGGCUUCGCUGGCGUGGUGGAGCCGGAGAACCUGGCCCGCGAGAGGAAGAUGCAGUGGGUGCAGAGACAGCGGAUGGAGCGCAGGAGCACGUGCCCGUCCACCCUGGGAGAGGAGCGCUCCUACAACCCAUUCCUGAGGACCCACUGCCUGGCGCUGCAGGAGGCUCUGGGGCCAGGCCCAGGCCCCACAGGGGACGAUGGCUGCUCGCGGGCCCAGCUCCUGGAGGAGCUCCGAAGGCUAAAGGACAUGCACAAGAGCAAGUGAUGCCCCAGUCCACCCCAGCCAGCCUGCCCCUGAAGUGGGGAGGCCGCCCAUCGCCUGUCCCUUGCUGUCCUUCACAUGGCUACCACCACCACCACCUCCACAGGCCCACAGUGGGCAUCCUCCCCGCCCCCACUGGUCAGGGGAGGGGAGGGGCAAUGUAAUGAGAUCAAGAAUGGUCAAAGGCUGGGAGACCCCACAGAGUGAGGCUGGGUCAUCAAGGGUGAGAGGAAAGGAGGGACAUUGGGACAUCUCCAGACCCUGCUUACUGGAAGGGUCCCCUCUCCCUUCCUGCACUCCUGGGCCAGCAGAGAAGAUGUGGAGCUACUGUCAGCCCCUCCCCCAGGAGGCCUCACUCACUGUAGCCCCAGACCAGGGCAGCAGGAACCAUGACCAGGUUAGGUCCAUCUUCUGCCUUUCUCCCAUCGAGGGUUGAGGGACAGACUCUUUCCAGCAAAUGGCAUAAGGUAUGGUGCCUUAGGAAAGUGGUCACUGGCCAGGCUACCUGCUCUGGGUUACUGAGCCUCUGCCCCUCCCCCCAGCCUCCUCCCCCAUCCUACCUUGCCAGGGCCUUUGCAGGCACAGCCGUUCCUAAGAACCCCAGGGGCUGGAAGUCUGGCUCUAAUCUCAGCCUCAGUGGACCCCUGCUGCCUGGAGGCAGGAGAGUCCUGGUUGCCAAGGAAACCUCAGCCUCAGGCUGAGGAGACCCCAGAUGCUGGGAUGCAGAGUCUGACAACCUGGCAAGCCACCGCUCCUGCACAUCUGGCCUGGGCCUUCCUGCUGGCCUCUGGCCUCUGCCCCUGCUGUGGGCCCCAAGGGCUUCCAGGGGAGAGAGAGCCACAGUCUGCCUCUGACAUAGCUUCCUUCUUUUGGCCCUUGCUCUUAGGAAUUUCUGUCUGCCUUCUUCUUUCUAACUUAGUCUCUCCUGCUUCGUCCUCCACGCCUUGCCUCUAUGAGUCAGUAAGGAUUUCUUUUUUCACCCUGACAUUCAUCUUGGCAGUUUGCCAAGAACUUCCCUGUGUGGUUCCCAGUGAAUCCUCAGCCCCAUCCUGGCGGGGAGGAGGCCUCUGUGUGCAGAGUACAGGAGUGUGGGAGCAGAGAACAUGAGCAAGUGGCAGUCCCCAGGACCCCUGGCCUGGGCCCUCGCUCUCUGCCCACCCCUUCUCAAGCUCUGCUUCUCUCGGGUCUCGGGUCCAGGUCCCUCUGGGGCCAUAGUGAGGCACCCUCUGGUCCUUCAGCAGGCAGACCUGGGGUCAGCCAGGAGCCUUCUCUUCCUGUGUCAAAGCCUUCCCUCAGGCUCUCCUCACUCUGGAGACCCUCACUUUCCCCUCCUCAUCUGGCCUCUGCUGCCGUCUGCAGCCACAGCCCCUGGAACCAACUCUAGCAAUACCACCAGACUGGUUAGCAGUCUGCACCCAAGACAUGCAGUUUCAUGCCUCUGUGCCUUCGCUCAUGCUGUGUCUUUGGACCGGAAUGCCUUCCCCGCUCCUCCUGCCUCAGCUGCCUGGCACACACCUGUUCAUCUCUCCCAGGCCCCUCCCCCAGGAAGGCACCCAUGCCCCUCCUCCCCAGGUUACCUCUGCACUCUGUAAAUGCUUCUCUUCCCCUGUCCCUCUUUCUUUCUCUUUCUCUCCCUCUCCCCUCCCGUCCCCUCCUCUCCUCUCCUCUUCUCUCUCUCUCUCUCUCUCUCUCUCUCUCUCUCUCUCAGCACUUAUCAUACCCUAUUUUACUUGUUUACACGUUUGUCUCCCCUUCUAGACUGUGAAUCCUUAAGGGCAUGGACUGUAUUUUAUGCAUCUCUGUAUUUCUGCGCCUAGCACGGUGCCUGGCACAACAGUAGGCGCUUAAUAAAUGUUGAAUGAAUGAAUGAUUUAACCAAGAUCUGUCCACUUAAU